AUGGCAGGGACAAUAACUACAGCGAUAGCAGAUUUGCCUACUCCAAAGAUCUAUCAUAUUGCUGAGCGUAGAUAUUGGAGUGCGACAACUGCUUUACCCGAUUAUGAGAAAUUCAUCAAUACUAAUACACCGCUCGUUAUUGAUAACGGAUCAUACCAGUGCCGUGUUGGAUGGGCAGCCGAUACUACACCCAGAUUACAAUUCGACAAUUUAAUGUCGAAAUAUCGUGAUCGUAAAUUAUCGCAAACGGUGUUAUUGGUCGGGAACGAUAUCUAUACAGAUGCAACGGCGAAAACGAAUGCGAAAUCAGCCUUUGAUGGAAAUGUUGUCAUCAACUUCGAGACAAUGGAAAAUAUUCUAGAUUAUAUUUUCGUCAAACUGGGAAUCAAUACAGACCGAGUUAAUCACCCAAUAUUAAUGACCGAGGCUGUUUGUAAUCCACUACAAUCGCGUAAAUCAAUGUCAGAAUUGCUAUUUGAAUGCUAUCGUGUCCCGUCUGUAUGCUAUGGAAUCGACGCGUUAUUUAGUUAUUACGCGAAUGGACUUUCAUUUGAAAAAGGAGGAAUCGUCGUUUCGUCGGGUCAUUCCACAACCCAUGUGAUUCCUAUACAUAAUAAUCGUGGCGUAUUGGAACAAGCGAAAAGAAUAUCUUACGGAGGGUAUUCGUCAACGGAUUUUAUGCUAAAAUUAAUGCAACUCAAAUAUCCUACAUUCCCGACCAAAAUGAGUGUGAAUCAAGCUCAACAUCUAUUACACAAUUAUACCUAUGUGGCAGAAGAUUACCUUGAAGAACUAAGGAAACACGAGAACCCGAUAACUUUUGCAUCUCGAGAUCGUGUUAUUCAGUUUCCUUAUAUACCACCUGCCGUAACUGAAAAAACCGAAGAAGAAAUCGCACGCGCUGAAGAAAGAAAAGCCGAGCAAGCGAGACGUUUAAAAGAACAAGCCGAAAAACUACGGAUGACUAAGUUGCGAGAUCACGAGGAAAACUAUGCAUUGUAUACCGCAUUAAAAGAAAGUAAAACAAAAAUUCGGAAAGCUGAUUUCAUGGCACGACUACGAGAAAAUGCAAUAAAGGAUGAAGCCGAAUUGGAUGAGCUUAUUAAAAGGAGUGAGAAAGCAAUUCAGCGAGCUCGAAAUAAACUAUUGGGAAUUGAUGAGAUUGAAAUAAAGGAAGAACCGACGUUUCCUCUGGUUGACAUUCCAGAUGGUCAAUUAGACGAAGCUGAACGGAAAGAAAAAAAGAAACAAUUGGCGUCUAAAAGUUUGCACGAGUCACGACAGCGAGCACGUGAAGCAAAAGAAUUGGCUAAAAAGCAACAGGAAGAGGAAGAACGCAUAGAGGAUGAAAAACGAAAAACAGAUUUCAAUGGAUGGUUACAAGACUUGAAGAAAAAUUACAAGGAUCAACUUGACAAGGUCAAGCAAUUGAAACGAAGAAAAGAGCAGCUCUCAGAUAGAAGAAGUCAUGCAUCGCAGCUAAGAAUGAAAUCAAUCGCUACUUUAGCGAGUGACGCGCCACCGCCUAAAAGGCGCAGGAGAGGGCAAGAUGAGGAUACUUUCGGGGCUGAUGAUAAUGAUUGGGAGAUAUACAAAGAAAUAAGCAAGGAUGAUGACGGAUGGGAAGAAGAGGAGGAACUAUCGCAACUUCGCGAGUUCGAGAAAAAGCUACUUCAAUACGAUACCACAUUUCUACCCGAGCAUACAUUCGACGCACAGAAUUCUAUACAGAAGUCUCUGAUGUUUAUGUUCACGCAUGGUGUCGCACCACCAUAUGAUCCUGAGGAUGUUUCGCAGCUGCAUCAAUUGCAUGUUAAUGUGGAACGGGCUCGUGUGCCCGAGGCGUUAUUCCAACCCAGUAUCGUCGGAUUGGAUCAGGCUGGUGUGGUGGAAACUGUUGGCGAUAUUGUGAAGAGGUUCGAUGAACGAGAUAGGAAUAAUUUAGUGCAGUCGGUAUUCUUAACAGGUAGUCACACAAAAACUCCGGGACUAGCAGAACGUUUCGAAAAAGACCUUCGAGCAAUUUUACCUGCUUCGGCACCCCUGAAAAUAAUCAAAGCAAAAGACCCGGCACUUGACGCGUGGCAUGGUGCUGCAUUAUGGGCAAGAUCUGAUGAUUUUUUGCAGUAUGUAGUCACAGAACAAGAGUAUCAAGAAAUGGGAGGAGAAUAUAUUAAAGAACAUAAAUUUGGAAAUGCCGACACAGCAGCACCCGCUACGACCAUCCGUACCCGAAAAUUCCUCACAAACCGUCUUCUACAGCGAAAACAAUUCGUCGUCGACGUUCUCCACCCGAAUCGUCCAAACGUGUCGAAAGACGAACUUCGCGAGAAACUAGCCAAAAUGUACAAGGUUGAAAAAGAGGUCAUUUUCGUGUUUGGCUUCCGUACAGCGUUCGGUGGUGGUCGAUCGACGGGAUUUGGACUUAUCUAUGAUAGUUUAGACUCGGCGAAGAAGUUUGAACCAAAAUAUAGGCUUGUGCGGCAUAAACUGGAAGAAAGUCAAAAGACUGCGCGUAAACAGCGCAAAGAACGAAAGAAUCGUGCCAAGAAAUUACGUGGUACAAAAAAAACCAAAGCCGAAAAAUAUUGCGAGAUGUGGUGGGAUUUGGUGUUGGACGAAAGAGAGAAAUUUAGUAUGUUAUUUAGUGAACAUGACGGUUAUUAUGUUGAAAUGAAAGAAGAAGGAGAGAAAACAGAAGUUGUAGCUUUUUUUAAGACGGCUCUGAGGAAAAUGUCUGUAGACUUGAAUAUACCUUCACCUUCUUCAAGAGACGAAGAAUUACUCUCUUUAAAGACUCCUACCUCUCGACAAUUUAUAAAGGCUUCAUUAUCGAACCAAGAGACUAAUAAGUUUGAAGAACCAUUAAAAACACUAAUAACGAAAGAAGAUAGUGGCAAUGUAAACACAUUGGAAUCAAAUACUAUUAUGAGUGGGAGUGCUUUUAAUGCUUUUGAUUUUGCUACUCCUUCUCCUAACAAUAGCAGUAGCUUUCAAGCGGCUCUUUUGAAUACUUCAAAUAGUGAAAAUUCAGCAAACGAGUUUUGGAAGGAAAAUACUGAUGAAGCAACGCCGACAACACAAUAUUAUCAGAAUCAAUCGUCUUCAUCUUCUUCGGAUGUAUUUGAAGAAAAGAAAAGCGAUGAUACGACGACAUCAACAACAAAAACAGCUAUUAAUCAGCAACAGAAUUUUAUUAGUACUAUUACAACUACAAUCUCUGGUUUGACUGACGAAAAUUCGCCGUUUAUAGUGGGACAAGCUGAAUCCAUCGAAAUACUUAACCGAGAACAAACAAAAUUCUUACGACAAAUUAAGAAUGAAGAAGAGAAGCAGGGAAAAAUAUCUGAAGAUAAUAAGAAUGAUACAUUUAUUACAAAUGCUAGUACUACCAAGAACAAGGAUGUCGGCGAAUCUCCACGAAAACGUGUUUUAGGUCUAAAUACCGGGACUUCGAUUUUUCAAUUCUCUUCACAAUCACCGCCAAGCGCAAGUAAUGACCUGACGUACAAUGUACCGUAUCUUUUCGAAUCCUCAACGAAGGAGUAUUAUGAUAAUGCUACAUAUACAGCAGUGUCCAGUGUCCGACAACGACUUAUAUCACCAAAUGUGCUCAGAAGAAAGCGAGAAAAAGGUGCUCGGACCAAUAUGCGAACGAUUCGUAAUACACAAAGUAAUAUUAGUGGUAUCGUUUCGGCAACUGAUACUGAGUCGGAAGAUAUUGAUGAGAUAGCCCAGGGCCAGGGAAUGCAAUUACAGAGCUCACCAAAAGGUCAUGAGGUGAUGGUUGAGCAGACUGUCAAUAAUAUCGAUAGUAAUGUGCCGAUAAUUGUGUCAUCACGACAACAUCCUGAUUUUGCGAAUAAGAUAUCAUCGUAUGGUCUUAGCUUUUACUUAAUGAUUUGA